AGUCCUUGUACUUGCCAGGCAGGCGCUUAGACCUCUGAGCUAUUUACCCUGCUCAAAUCUCAGGAUAUUAUGCAGUGGAAAAAUGUAAUCCAGUGAAAUGAUUUGAAAGAUGAUUAUGGUUUUUGGGGCUGUGGCAGCGGCUUAAUAAUGCUUCUGAGAUUAGAAGGCCAAUUUGAAGGUGAUUUCAAAUAUUAAAAAGCUUUAUAAAUAUGGCCAAAUAAGGGAAAUAAAAGCGAGAUAAAUUGCAGAACAUACAAAGAUGGACAGUUGGCUGUUAGCUUUCCAUCAGAAGAGAUUCUCCUGGUCACAGCUUCUCCUGUUAUUAAAGCAGUUACCAAUUUUAAACAGGUUUCUAAAGUAUUGGAAGAAUUUGAUGUGGAAGAACAACCAAGUACCAUGUUAGAAAGUCGCUUUCCUAACAUUAAGGUCAUAGAAUCUGGAGUAAAGCAGCUGAAGAGUAAAGAACAUUGUAUUUUCACAGAAGAUGGCAAUCAGCAUGUGUAUAAGAAACUCUGCCUGUGUGCUGGAGCCAAGCCAAAGUUGAUAUGUGAAGGAAAUCCUUAUGUACUAGGAAUCCGAGAUACAGACAGUGCUCAGGAAUUUCAGAAACAGCUUACUAAAGCGAAAAGAAUAAUGAUCAUUGGGAAUGGUGGUAUCGCACUGGAGUUGGUGUAUGAAAUUGAAGGCUGUGAAGUGAUUUGGGCCAUUAAAGAUAAGGCUAUUGGGAAUACUUUCUUCGAUGCAGGAGCAGCUGAAUUUUUGACUUCCAAGCUCAUCUCUGGAAAGCCAGAGGCCAGAAUUCCACCUAAAAGGACUAAAUAUACAACUGAAGGAAAGAAAAAAGAAGCAAGUGCCAAAGCUAAAGCUGGUAACAUAGGCAGUGCCCUGGGACCAGACUGGCAUGAAGGCUUGGAUCUUAAAGGAAUAAAAGAGUUUUCUCAUAAGGUUCACAUUGAAACUAUGUGUGAAGUAAAAAAAAUCUACCUCCAGGAAGAAUUUAAACUUCUGCAGAAAAAUUCCUUGACUUUUCCAACAGAUCCUAAGUCAUUUACAACAGAUAAAGAGACGUGGCCCGUGUAUGUGGAACUGACCAAUGAAAGGCUGUACGGCUGUGAUUUCAUUGUCAGUGCAACAGGAGUUACACCCAAUACAGAGCCUUUCCUUCACGGUAACAAUUUUGACCUAGGAGAAGAUGGUGGCCUCAGAGUGGAUGACCACAUGCACACGUCCCUUCCGGACAUCUAUGCUGCAGGGGAUAUCUGCACGGCGUCUUGGCAGCCCAGCCCCGUCUGGCAGCAGAUGAGGCUGUGGACCCAGGCCAGACAGAUGGGAUGGUAUGCUGCAAAGUGCAUGGCUGCAGCUAGCUCGGGAGGCUACAUUGACAUGGAUUUCAGCUUCGAACUGUUUGCUCAUGUGACAAAAUUUUUUAACUCUAAGGUUGUAUUGCUGGGAAAAUACAAUGCGCAGGGCCUGGGUUCAGAUCAUGAGCUAAUGCUGAGAUGCACCAAAGGACAGGAGUACGUCAAAGUGGUCAUGCAGAAUGGGCGUAUGAUGGGAGCCGUCUUAAUUGGUGAAACGGACUUAGAGGAAACAUUUGAAAAUUUAAUUUUAAACCAAAUGGAUCUUUCACCAUAUGGAGAAGAACUGCUAGAUCCAAAUAUCGAUAUAGAAGAUUAUUUUGACUAAAAUGAGAUUUCUUCAAGAUUCACAUAAAAUUCCAACUAAGGAAAACUACAGUUAGUAUUGAAUGACGGAACUUACCAAAUGGCGAAAGAAAGUUAAAAACACAGAAAGUGUCACCAGACAUGAUGUGUGGGGCCCUGGGUUCAAUCCCCAACUCUGGACUGGGGUAAAAACACAGAAUGAUGCUCAUGGAAAAGUAUUUAAGAAAUAAAAUUCUAAAGAUGAAAUCAUUCAAAUCAUUUCUUUACAUAUAUGUUUUGCUAAUAUAAAAUUUACCUCUUCUUAUGUAAGAAAUUUUGUUAGUAAUUUUUAAGCUUUAAACAUUUUACCUGUGAUCUAGGUUUGGAACUUAUAAAUUGUUACUACUUUGCUAAAAUGGACUCUUAAUAGGCCAGACCUGUUCUUUGAUUAUGAAAUGUAGUUUCAAUCAGCUUAGCACUUUAUUUUACUUAAAUAGAGAUACAGCAGUAUUUUAUGUGUUAAUAUACUUUUUAUGUUGAUGACUUACUUUGUUUGAAUUAUACAGCUAUUUUUAUACCUGAAAUCAUGUACAUGAUAAUGCUUAAAAUGUUUGUAGUGAUAAGCCCAGCAUAAUCCUGCUAUAAAAAAGACUGUUCUGCCAAAGGAAAAAAUAUAGUAAAUAUACGAAGGCUAAAAAGCUUAUCAUGCUUAAACUUGUCUCAAGUAUUCCACAUUUCAUGAAUUUUACAUGAAGAUUUAUUAUUCUUUGUUUCAUACAAUAAAAUUUAUAUAAUACAUGAUCUCCAGCCAGGUGUACUGGCACAUGCCUGUAAUCCCAACACUCAAGAGGCUGAGGCAAGGGGAUCGUUGGGAAUUCGAGGCCAGUGUGGG